GCGGCAGGAGGCGGCGGCGGCGGCUGCAGCGGAGGCGGCCGGGAGAGCUUGUUUCUGGAAGCUCUGGAUCGAUCGCAGUCCAAAAGAGAUGGAGGUUUUAAAAACAACUGGAGCUUCGAUAAUGCCGAAGAAAGCGAAGGAGAUACGGAAAAAGACGAGCCGAAUCUGCUCAGUGAAGAUGAGAACGAUGGACCUGAGACUUCAGAAGGAAGGAGGCCUCAACGCUAUCGAUUAGAUGCCGUGGGAACCAGCGCCGGUGACUCCUUUAAGACGUACGCCAGGCGGAGCAAAAUUGGAACCUUCCGAACUCUGAAAGGAAACUCGAUAGGACUCAACAUGUUGAACAGCAAGAAACUGAGUGAAAAUUCACAGAACGUGUCUCUGAGUUCGGGAACCGUACUCCACGGUCGACGUUUUCACCACGCCAACGCCCAGAUAGCGAUCAUGAAAACAGCAGCCCAAAGCAGUCUGGAUCAAAAGGAAAGGAAGGAAUACCCUGCUCACGUUCAGAAGAUAGAAAUCGAUCGAAUCAGAUUACCUCGGCCCCCGAGUAUCGAUAGUCUGAUGGAGAAAACGGACGGAUCGGGAUCAGAAUCGGAGCCCGAAGUCAAGAGGAAGGUACAGCCGAAACGCCACUGCCAUUCCUAUCAAUCCGAGGCCCUUCCGUUUCCGGCUUCCAAAAAAUGUUUAAUCCACUUAGAGGGUUCUGAAAAAAACGAAUGUUGUCCGCAGUGCGGGAAAGAGGAUGAAAAUCAGACCAAAUGCCAAAGCUGCGGAAGUGCUUAUCUGAAGGAUUUCCAAAGACACUGUAGGCAAAUCGCGCCCUUAAAUGAAUCUGGGAGCCCGCUGUCACGGUCGUCGAUUCAUCCCAACUCAGGAGGAGAAAAGUCACCGAACACUGGCUUGAACGCCAAGAAGUUUUAUGGCUCGACUUUCGGGAAGGUGGAUAUUCUCCUGAAUCGGGGCGAAAGCGGACAGAACUUUUUAAAGGCGAAUGGAAAAGUCCUUUUAUCUGCGUCAAAAAUUCCCAAAAUUACAAAUCUCAGACCGAGAAAUGCAAGGCCGUCUGAUCUAAACGAUCCGAUCGUUCUGUCCAGUGACGACGAAGAGGACGACGACAUCGGGAGUUCUAACCUCAGAGAGAGCAUUUCCCCUCGACCCGCGGAUUUAGCGCAUUCUUCCCCGGCUCCCUGUACCGGAAAGGUGGAAGCGGCGUUCAAAGAAAAUAACUGUGGGAUCGAGCAGAGGCUGGGAAGCAUUCCCGCAGACUCCGAACCGCCGGUCACGAUACCGAGAAAAGCAAGGAUGAAAGACCAGUUUGGCAACGCGGUAUCGAAUACUCCCUUGAAACGGCGCAAGGUGACUUCUCAAGAAACGGACGCCGUACCUCUAAACUGCCCAAACUCCUACGAGAGCGUCAUUCUCAACUGUCGGAGUAUAAGGAUAGGGACUCUGCGCAGGAUGGUGGUCGAACCUGUAAUUUUUUGUUUAGAUUAUAUCAAGAUCCGCCUGGAAGAAUCCGAGAGCGACACCCGGGAGAUUAAUUUGAAGACCUCGGAACUUACCAAAUGUGAAUGGUGCAGCGCCCGGAAGUUGCCGGUGGUGUUUCUACAGACGAUACCAGCCGCCUGUCACAGCUUGAGAAUUCAGCUGAAGAUGAGUAAAGAGAAGGAUAGCGUUUGGUACGAUUGUAAAGGAGCAAAUCCAGAAGAGCAGUACAUCAUUCUGAUCUUUGAAACGGGCCUCGAUACUCAGGCAAAUAUGGUUUUCGAAAAUAUCAUCAACGACAUCGGCAUCAGAAAUAAUGUUUCAGAUUUCUUUGAGAAAAUUUCCUUUAAGGUAGCCAAUGGUAGACUCGUUGCUUUUACAAAAACCUUUGAAGAAGUCUCCAAAGGAAAUUCUGCACAAAAGGAAAACAAAAUCAAAAACGUUGUAUUUGAAUCCAAAAUGCAAUUACGGAAUACAACGUCACAGUUUCAGUUUUUUGACGAUGAGGACGAAAUCGGAGAGCCACACAAUGUGUUUAUUGGUCCUGUUGAAAAAUUGAUAGUAUACCCACCACCUCCAGCUAAAGGAGGCAUCUCUGUGACUAAUGAAGAUCUCCAUUGUCUAAAUGAAGGAGAAUUUUUAAAUGAUGUUAUUAUAGAUUUUUAUUUAAAGUAUUUAGUGCUCGAAAAACUGAAGAAAGAAGAUGCUGACAGGAUUCAUAUAUUCAGCUCCUUUUUUUAUAAACGCCUUAAUCAGAAGGAGAGGAGAAAUCUUCACGAAACUCCAAAUCUCUCAAUUCAGCAGAAGCGACACGGACGAGUGAAAACUUGGACUCGCCACGUGGAUAUUUUUGAGAAGGAUUUUAUUUUUGUUCCCCUGAAUGAAGCCGCCCACUGGUUUUUGGCAGUGGUUUGUUUCCCCGGCCUGGAAAAACCUAAAUACGAACCCAACCCUCAGUACCGUGAAAACCCCUCUCCCCAGUUGAAAGGUUUUCCAGCGGAGAGGGAGAGUUGUGCUCCGUCUCCUCUGACGAACGAAACGGACAGCGGUUCGCCCGGCUCGCCCGUCAAGCCCGUGCUGAGGAAAACGCUGAAUAGAAAACUUGCUUCAACUUUAAUGAACUCAAGUGCCGGAAUUGAGGAGAACGAGUCACCCUCCCGAAGCGGUGCGGGGAACGGGAAGAGCAACUCGAGAAGAGUAAAUCGGACUGACGGUGAAAGCGAGGAACUUAAAAAAAUAGAAUCGCCUUGUCACAAAGGUGAUAAUAGGACUAAAGAUGAAAAUGGUAGGCAGAGUGAAUAUUCAUCACCAUUACAACGCGCCGAUGGCUUAAACAAAAUCAGACUAAACUAUAGUGACGAACUAACUGACAGUGGUAAAUCUCUUGAAGAUGAGCUUAUUGACUUUUCAGAAGAUCGGGAUAACCAGGAAGACAGCAGCGACGAUGGGGGCCUCGCGGAGGAAAACUGCAGUUCGGAACUAGGCCUGUGGCACCUGAAGCCCACAAUCUGUAAACAACCGUGUAUCCUGCUUAUGGAUUCCCUGAGAGGCCCGUCUCGAUCGAACAUCGUAAAAAUCCUGAGAGAGUACCUGGAAGUGGAAUGGGAAGUCCGCAAAGGGAGUAAGAGGAGUUUUUCCAAAGAUGUCAUGAAAGGCUCGAGCCCCAAAGUGCCCCAGCAGAAUAACUUCAGUGACUGCGGAGUGUACAUAUUGCAGUAUGUGGAAAGCUUUUUUGAGAAUCCGAUCCUCAAUUUCGAGUUGCCUAUGAAUUUAACGGACUGGUUUCCCCGCCCAAGAAUGAAAACCAAGCGAGAGGAGAUCCGCAACCUAAUCCUCAAGCUGCAGGAAGAUCAGAGCCGAGGCAAGAAGGGACCGAAGGACCUCAGAUCGGGCGAAGCGACCCCACGGGACAGGUCGGAGCAGGGCGUCAACAGCGGCUCGGACUGACGCUCGGCCGCGGCGGCCGGCGGCCCGUCUUCGCCUUCCUCCGCGGAGAGUCGAGAACUGAGACGGGCUCACUGUUCACUGUGGUCGGGGAACGUUAAUGCCUGUAUAAAUGUGUCAUGUAUGUAACUCCCCGGAGAGUAAGUAUUAAGGAAAAGACUGUACAUAUGUUAAUGAGGCCAAUUUUUUCCAACAUUUGUAAUGCUUUUUGUUUUCACUUGGUAGAAGGCUUUUGUUAUGUAUUUUCUGUUAAUAGUACGGAGAACAGCAACUUCUAAACGUAAAACAAAUAAAAAGAAAAUAUUUAUGGGAGGAAAUGGUUAACUUGCUAUUUUUCUGUGAAUUCGUAUUGACCCCCCCCCCUCCCCCCCACCGCGGCCGAUGUCACACUUGAGAAUGUUCAGGUAUUUUGUUGCAAUCCUAUUUUGAUCUCUUAUAGUCGCUUGAGAGGAAUAUAGAACGGAGAAUAAUCUGUGUCUGAGCUCACUGGGGGAUGGCUGACAUUCACGAAUAGAGCACACGCCUUAAGGCAGCGGGAGACCGGAGCUUUUUCCCCGUGAAACGAAUCGGAUGGUAGGAAAAAAUAAAAACAUCCUCCACCGUCGCGUCCGGCUUCUCGAACAGGUGGUGGUCAGCGCGGCGUUCGGUAAAGAAACAUUGACCGAGGCUGUACGGCACUCUACAGACGUAUUUCCACAGAGGCCUUCUUUACGGAAUACUUCGGUAAGUACGAUCGGAAAUGAAAUCUACCUGCAUCACCUUCCUAGGUUCCAACCCUCUAAAUGAGCCAGAAUCUGAGUUCUGGCUAAGUAACGAGCCUUUUGACUCUCUAGAGAAACUUAUGCACGGGAAAACUAUUUUUUGUAACGUCUACAGAGAAAUAUUUUCGGUGUUCCUGGGUGAGGUUUUCCUUGGUCUUCGUGGCGUAAGGAUGAAGUUCCCCUUGUCAUUUAACGGUGAUUCAGAGUAUGAUUUCUGUAUUAAGCCCCCGGCCAUAGAUGGUUCUUGUGAUUCAGAAAAGAGUCCCCACCCUCUCCUCGGAAAGAUUAAGAGGUGUCGGUGUCGAGAUGGAAAGGGAUAGAAACGCGACUCCGCAGGGGCUUGCGGAAGGAAUCUCCCGCCGCCGGCCGUUCCGGGAGAGAUGCCUCCGUGGUGCCGCUCUGGGUCGGAGACGACUCGACGGCGUGAGACGGGACGGGACGUUCCGACCGAUCCCAGACCGACGGCGCGCCAGACUUUUGUGAAAUUCAGCCGUGUCCAGACCUGCAGUAGGAUUUAUUACGAUCCACGGUGGAUUUGAGGCCGCGCGGCAUACGAAGAAAGGAGAAGAGGAAGGAGUCUGAGUGACCAGGGAGGAUGGAAAACGUUUCCGGCACUCGGAGGACGAGGGCCAUGCGGUAGUUGGAAGGAAUGAAGCCAAAGAUAAUACUAAAACGCAGCGCGGACUAGAGUCUCGCCCGUAAUUUGAAUUGGAAACUCUUUUCCUCUUCCUCUUCUCUGCCGGCGGUUCCCACUCCCAAUAAAAUCAGCACCUGUGGAUUUAAUAAAUAGCAGGGUGCGCUUUUUGAAGACUUUCAACAUUAGGGUCGCUGACUGAAUUUCAUUGAUCUACUAACGUCUAGAACAUCUACUUCUUAUUUCUAAUACUAGGACACUAGGAAUACCUUUAAGCUACCUAGGAUAUGCGAGAAUGUUGGAUUUCAUUAUCAUUUUCUAAAUGUCAUAGGACGAGGCCUUUAGAACUGCCGUCUUGCAGCAGACUAAUUCACGUUGGACCGUCGAACUUAUUUUUUUAAUAAAACAGUUCCUAGAAACUG